CCAUUAAAAGCAAAGAAGAAGCAGGUUACUAAUUGAAGAAGAAGGAGGUGUUUGUGUUUUGUUGCCAGUGAUGGCGUCGUAUUGUGCAAUAUUUGUGUUAAUGAUCUCUUCACUUUUGGUCUGUACGUCAGCAGAGACGCGACAGUUUGGCACAGAAAAUGUGAUUAAUGUGACUGCAGUAAGUGAAAAUGAAGAGUCGACCUACAAUGUGCAGAUAAGCUUGAAUGUCACCCUGGUGGACAAUAAAACUACCGUCAACGGGGUUCCGCUCAAGCCUUCAGAGGUGAUGAGGAUGCCGUGCCAGGCUUUGCUGUUAGACGACAGCAACGUGAGCCUGAGCGACAGCGACGGGAUGCUGAUCAGCAGCGUGCUGAGGCUGAUGCUGGAUCACUCGUACCUGCAGAGCGAAGCAGGGGACGACGUGCUGCUGCUGACUCUGGGUCAGGAGAUGAUCCAGCUGGGUGAAGAGCAGGUCUGGCAACCCGACGUGUGGGAAGUGAAAAUGCUACUGAACCAAACCUCUGAGGAGGUCACUCAGGAACAGAACAUCUACCCAGCAAGGUCCAGCAAGAUCGCCGCCAUGCCGCGGGAAAACGACAUCAUCAUGACUGAGGAGUACAUUGCUAAAACAGUCGAGGACCAGGUCCUCCACACGACCAGUCACUACCCACUGAGGCAGGCUGAAACCACGCAGGAGGAGACGGCCGCGCCGGGAAAGCUUCCCGAGACACCGCUGCGUAUGGAACCCGACGUGCUGUACGAGGACGCACCCCAGGAGAAAGUUAACCCCGAUGACCUGCUGCCGGACGUCCCGCUGCGACAGCCGCACUCGUCUUAUAACGUGGUGUGUCGGUGGGUGGAGGAGCUCAGGGACAAACUGAAGCGCUUCUGCUCUGAGUCUCUGCCUCUCUUCUUUCUCAUCAUGUGGGUGGUGGUGGUCGGCGUUGUCGGUUCUGCGGUCAUCAUCAAGAUCCUGGACCUUUUGUUUCCCACGUGUGAGCACAAGGGUUUAUUCCAUCUGAACCCAGAGACCCUGAUGCCUGAGGAGGAGAAGCAGAGCCUGAUAGAGAACGUGGAGCUGGAAGUGGAAGAACAAGAGAAGAAUCAAGUGAACGGAGAGCUGUACUGAGUUCUGUCCUCCUCUCUUACCUGCUUUUGGCGUUUGUGAGUGUUUUCCUUUCGAAAUGUAGCACUUUACCGGUCACCGAUUCUGUACCUGAGAAAGCGAGCGACGUCCGUCUGUUUCACGAAGCCGUUAUUCGGAUCUAAUGAAUAUUUACUAUUUUGUUUGUAUUUUUUCAAAGUUGCUGUUGCAUUGUGUCUAUGGGGAAAAAAAAACAACCCAACAAUAUCCUGUUGUGUACAAUGAUGUAUUUAUGCACUUAACUCGCACUAAAGAUGUGGGCGUGAGGACGUAGGGCACCGUGUAGUUCUGGGACCAAGCUCCAUAUCACUGGUCUGGGUUCAGUUUUAUAUCUAUCUGUAGCUGGAAAUCAGAGACGGUCUCACACGCAUUUCAGUAACCCGGAGAAGGGAACGUAUUGUCCGCUGAAUGGAUUUUUGCUCUAAAGUGAUUGCACCUUUUUGUGAGAGAACUAGAUAUUUCACCUUCUAUCAUUUUGUCCUGAAUUAAAAAUAAAAAACAAAAAAAAAAACAACCUCUGAGCAAAUCUUCGUUACCAAGUUAACACCGUUUAAUUCAUGACUGUGAUGAUUAUACUUUCUGUAUCUCGACCCCGAUAUUCACGUCGCGUUCGUGUGUUUAAAUAUCGCUGCUGUUCUUCUUAACCGUGCUGAGGCUUGAGAUUGAGGAGGGAUUUAAGGGUGUGUAACGUGUACGAUGUGUAAAAUUUGUAGUGUAGCUUAAUUAGCAUGAUUUACUCCUUACGACAUGUCGGGUAGUGUGCUGCGUCAGCGGAAACGAAUCGACUUUGAGAACAAACCCGUCGUGUUUUAUUCCUUACUUAAAGCCCGACCAGUGGCACGCGCGCGGUACAGAGACGCCGUAGUUCCUAGAGGGAUGUGCUGGAGGGUAAUUUAAGCGUUUGCUCCGUAUUUGAACAGCUUGUGCAAGUUACAGGAGCACGAAUGCAUGCUUCAGGACCCGCUGUAAGAUUUUCACUUUUAUUAUCAUCACGUUUAUGAACAUCACAUUGUCAGGUCAAUUACAAAAAGGAAAGACUUAACAUGAAUUCUGUGUUAAAAAAAAAAGACACUUAUUCGCUAGGAAAAAGGCCACUAAUUGAAAUGCGACAAAUCGAGGCGGCACCUUGAAUGAAUGUCGGUGUAAUAAAAAAGUGUUCUUGUGCAUUAUAAAAUAUUUGGUAUGUGAAGACAAUUACAAUAAAUUUGACUUUAACAAA